UCCACCACCACGUUACACCGAAUGAAUUCGCCGUGUAGAAAGUGUCCUAGAGCCGCGAAUUCCACGACGCGCUUUUGCGUUCGAUAAUAAAAAGGUGCCUCGCCACGCUGGUCGCCCGUCCCUUCCCCCUCUCCUUCCCCGUCGUCGAUUUAUAAAUAAUCGCCGUUAACGCCGAGGAAUACCCCGCGGGGCGAUUGCGUGAGGCGGCGUGGGACCGGCGAAACGAUGCGCACGCGAUCCGUCGUACAGGAAAUCGAUCGGAAGCAGAAUACGGAAGUAGCGAGCACCGGCGAGUUCCCGCCCGAAUACUUGAUCAAGCACCCGCUGCAAAACACCUGGACCCUGUGGUAUUACGAGCCCGACAGGAAUAAAACAUGGGAGGAGAGCCAACGGGAGAUAACGAGCUUCGAUACAGCUGAGGAUUUCUGGAGCUUGUACAACCACAUAAAGACAGCCUCCGAAUUAAGGCAGGGUUGUGACUAUAGCAUGUUUAAACAAGGAAUUCGGCCUAUGUGGGAGGAUGAUCAGAACAAGUGUGGCGGACGAUGGCUAAUAAAUCUAGAAAAGAAGCAAAGAAUUUCGGAUCUAGAUAAUUUUUGGUUAGAAAUUCUGCUCUGCAUGAUUGGGGAAGCUUUCAAUGAAUAUUCAGACGACGUCUGCGGAGCUGUAGUAAACGUCAGGACGAAAGGGGACAAGCUUGGUGUCUGGACAUCAAAUGCAGAUUCCGCGGAUAGUGUUAUGGAAAUUGGCCGGAAACUGAAGGAAAGAUUAAGGAUUACAUCUAAAACGACUAUGGGAUACCAGGUACAUAAAGAUACCAUGGUCAAAGCUGGAAGUCAAACAAAAAAUACUUAUACACUUUAAGUAAUCACUAAAUUCAUGAUAUCACCCCUGAGUUGUUCAUUAAAAUAUGUUAAUGUCAAAAAUUCGUCGGAUGAGAUAUUAAUUUGAUACAAUUGUGUGAAGUAAAUAUUUGCAUUAUGUUGAAAAAGAAAUUAAUAAAAUUUUGUUUCUCUGAAAACAUUUUACGUCAUUGUAGUUAUGUUUCCGUAAUAACGACAGAGACUAAAUAAAGAUAAAUCAUAUAUUAAAGUGAAAUAGAUGGAUAUAAUUAUUAAUAUAAAAAUUUAAGUUUAAGGAACAUAGUAUACAUAUAGCUUACACAGACAUAAUUUAAUGAGAUACGCGCGGGCUGCUGUAUUUUUCGUGGUUAAUACGACUGUAUGGUUAGGAUAAAUUUAUAUGUGCUUAGAUGUAAAUUUGUGCAACUUUAAUUUUUCAACAUCAAAUAAACCCUUGUAAUCUCUUGUAAUACUUCUGUACGAUAGUAAGGUGCAAGCUACAAUUAUACUCGAGAUUUUCGUAUAAAUAUCAAAAAGUGUACUGUGGCA